CUGGAAACAGUCAAGUUGUUACUACAGAAGUUUCACCAAGACAAACAGUACAACCAUCAAUACAUCAUGUCUGAGUACGAUACAGAUAUUGCUGCUGUUGUCAUUGACAACGGAUCUGGGAUGUGUAAAGCCGGCUUUGCCGGAGAUGACGCCCCACGUGCUGUGUUUCCAGCCAUCACUGGUAGACCCAAGUACGACGUCUACAUGGCCGGGAUGGGAACCAAGGACUGUUACAUCGGGGACGAGGCACAGAGUAAGAGAGGUAUCCUCAGUCUGAAAUAUCCCGUUGAGAACGGCAUCGUCAACAACUGGGACGACAUGGAACGUGUGUGGCAUCACACCUACUACAACGAGCUGAGAGUGGCACCCGAGGAGCACCCAGUUCUUCUGACGGAGGCACCACUCAACCCCAAGUCUAACAGAGAGAAGAUGGUGCAGAUAAUGUUUGAGACAUUCAACACUCCCGCCUUCUAUGUAAGCAUCCAGGCGGUGCUGUCGUUAUACGCUUCGGGGAGAACCACUGGCGUUGUCCUCGACUCGGGAGAUGGCGUCUCGCACGUCGUGCCCAUAUAUGAAGGCUACGCCCUGCCCCACGCUGUCCGGAGAAUGGACCUGGCUGGCCGUCACCUGACCUCCUACCUCAGCAGGAUUCUCCACGAGAGAGGAUACAACUUUACUACAUCAUCUGAGAAGGAGAUAGUGCGAGACAUCAAGGAGAAGCUCUGCUAUGUUGCCAUGGACUUCGAGUCAGAGAUGGUGUCAGCUGCACAGUCCAGCGCCAUUGAGAAAGGAUACGAGCUGCCGGACGGGUCUGUGAUAACGAUCGGCAAUGAGAGGUUCCGAGCUCCGGAGUGUCUGUUCCAGCCGAGUUUCACGGGUAUGGAGAGUACAGGCAUCCACGAGAUGGUCAACAGCUCGGUGAUGAACUGUGACAUUGACACCGCCUUCUAUGUCAGCAUCCAGGCGGUGUUGUCGCUGUACGCCUCGGGGAGAACCACUGGCGUCGUCCUCGACUCGGGAGAUGGCGUCUCGCACGUCGUGCCCAUAUAUGAAGGCUACGCCCUGCCCCACGCUGUCCGGAGAAUGGACCUGGCUGGCCGUCACCUGACCUCCUACCUUAGCAGGAUUCUACACGAGAGAGGAUACAACUUUACUACAUCUUCUGAGAAGGAGAUAGUGCGAGACAUCAAGGAGAAGCUCUGCUAUGUUCCCAUGGACUUCGAGUCAGAGAUGGUGUCAGCUACACAGUCCAGCGCCAUUGAGAAAGGAUACGAGCUGCCGGACGGGGCUGUGAUAACUAUCGGCAAUGAGAGGUUCCGAGCUCCGGAGUGUCUGUUCCAGCCGAGCUUCACGGGUAUGGAGAGUGCAGGCAUCCACGAGAUGGUCAACAGCUCGGUGAUGAACUGUGACAUUGAUAUCAGGAAGGAUCUGUACAGCAACGUGGUUCUGUCAGGAGGAUCAACAAUGUAUCCAGGUCUGGCAGACCGGAUGGCGAAGGAACUGAGCGCCAUUGUACCGUCCACAAUCAAGGUCAAGGUUAUUUCUCCACCUGAGCGGAAGUACUCGGUGUGGAUCGGCGGCUCCAUCUUGGCCUCGCUUUCAACCUUUCAACAGCAGUGGAUCUCCAAGCAGGAGUAUGAUGAAUCUGGACCUAGCAUUGUUCACAGGAAAUGUUUCUGAGCGUCACAUCGUGAGAGAAAGUUGACAAUGAGGGGUGAAGUUAUAAGCCUUUCAAUUUGAAUGAGGAGUCCUUCACGAGAUCUGAAAUUGCAACCGUAACAGCAACGUCUUCACGUUGCAAGUGAAAGCACAAACUAUCCAGCAUGUUAACACAGAACAUAGCACACAUACAUUUCUCGCACUGCGUUAACGGUGGAUUGAAUUAUUUGUUUGUAAUGUUGGUAGAGGACAUCGUGCAAUAUCAUUAAUGAUCUUAAUCAGUACUGUGCCUUGUAAAAGGCGUCAUGUUUUACAUGAUUCUGAAAGGGCAUUAGUGUUAUCAAACAUUGUGUAUAUAUCCAUGUACAUUACUUCAUCUGUAUAUACCAUAUAUUUAUCGAAUCAUCUGUACAACAUAUCACACAUACAACAUAUCACACAUACACCAGUCCAUGGGUACAUAUCACAUGUAAUAAAUUCAUCUGUACAUAUCACAUGUAAUGAAUCCAUCUGUACAUAUCACUCAUCUAUCAACAAUGUUUAUAGGUUAUGUGACUUGAAUAAAUAUUUCAGUCGGA